ACCCAUGUUCCUGUUCCCACACUCGACUGUCAUCCUGUGAUAUCCGCUCGCCAGUCGCCACUCCGUUUCGGCAUUCCGCCUCCUCCCGACACACCUCUUUAACUCGCUUCCGUUUCCAAAAAAAUGCUCCAGUUAAUUUAAUCCAGACGAGGAAUCGCCUCGCCGCGGAUCUCUCCGCUCGCCGACAAGACCCGCUAUCGGCUCCGGCGGGAAGACUCGCACUACGGUGGGGCGCGUCGCCGCCGCUCGGCACGUGGCUCGUCGGUUCGACGUUCGCUUGUGGAGGUCGUCGGGGCCAGCGGUGCCGGGGCAAUGCGGUCAGUUUGUGGAGCCGUCUGAGGCGCUUGGCUGGGAUCUGAGGGUGUCAGGUAGGGGGCGCGAGCGAGCUCUGUCGGUGGGGAGUUGGUGGUGGUUGUAGCGUAGGGCGCGUCGCGUGUUUGGCUGCCGGGAUGGAGCACGUAGUUGGGGGCAAGUUCAAGCUUGGGAAGAAGAUCGGGAGCGGAUCAUUUGGGGAGCUCUACCUCGGCGUGAACAUGCAGAGUGACGAGGAGGUGGCUGUCAAACUGGUAUUCCACGAACAUCUUCCACGUGAUUUUUGUGUCCACUAUCCAUGUCUUGGUGAACAGUUCUGUGUUAGACCUUCUCCAACCGCACCCCCCAAACCUCCCCUCACCCUUGCUAUUGCUACCGACCUACUGUGUACUAUGGGGGGAAGUAUCUUUUAGGAUGAUGUAGUAAAAUAUAAUAGAAAAUACAGAUAUGAGGAAAAAAUAUGGGGGAAAUGGUUGGAGAUGGUCUUAGGAGUUAACUUUAGUCGGAGUCACUGAAAUCUAUAGUUAGCCUAAUUGCUUGCAGGAGCUAAUGAGCCUGUAGCACUCUGAAGUGAGGGUAUCAAUGCUGAAAAGCACCCACUGGAAACUCAUCUCUUGUUUGUUCUGAUUGGAUUAUUCUCAAA